GCUGGCGUGUGUUGAUAGAAAGAAUAUUUGUCAAAAUCUGAAGUUAUAAAAGGAAAAUAUUUGUCUCUCCUGUAAUUGGGUGUAUGGAAAACAUUUGGAAGCAUUCAUCCGUCUCUCGUACAAGCGGUAUAGAUAUGGAGCUUUAGGUGACUGAGGAAUCUUACUUGCGUUGGCUAUAUUGUUUAUUCAGUACAAACAUGAAUUGCUUGAAGAUUGGUGUCUUUGCUUGUAUACUAAUUCAUGUUUCCUUAAAUGAGGCGAAGGGUAGAUGUGGGACCCUUCAAUCCUCUUUUGUCGAGAGAUGUUCAGAAAAUCAAGAAGGAACGUACAGAGUUGCUCUGCAGGUUUGCGAUGGCAAGUACUGGCGUUCUAAGAAACGAAAUUGCUCUCCUCAAACAGAUAUCGCUUCCAAAUUAAGUACAAGUUGUCUUGAUAUAAAAAAGAGAGGUUUGAGUGUCGGAGAUGGAAAAUAUUUGAUUGAUCCGGACGGAGAUGGCGCUGGUAAACAAUUUCAAGUAUACUGUGAUAUGACCUCGUUUGGUGGAGGAUGGACAAUGUGUUACACGACGGACAGUCAUGUUAAUAUUAAAACUGAACUUCUCACCACACCUGCUCUUGGCUAUCGUGCAGAUUGUAAUAAUAUACCGUUCACUGAAGUCAUAUUUGUUGAUGAAAAAUCCAAACAAAAAGCAGCCUUUAAAAAAAGUGGUUCACCUGUGACAUUCACUGGAAAUUACGAUAAGCGGGCAAAUGCUUAUGGCUUGUGGACGGCGCAAGGUGUGGCAACAACGCAGUACAAAUACCAAAUGUUGAUAUGUGACACAACGUUCUACAAGGGACUGCACUUCUCCGGGUUCACCAAAAACUGCUACAAACAGUGCAAUAAUUGGUGUAGUGACACAACCUCCGCCUACUUCCGCACAUCUGCUGUCUCACACCAAAGUUACAAAGGUGUUGCAUUCAACCAGAAUGGUCACAAACCGUUGCCAAACCGCCUCAUCAGUGCAGGAAUUCGUUAACAAAAUAAUUCGAGCGGAAUAAUUGAAAUGGAAUUAAAUUUGAAUUUAAUAAGCUUAAUUACCUGAUAUAAUUUGUAGUGUAAAUUUGUGAACUGAGUAUUUGAAGAAACUCGGUUUACUUGUUUUGUGUUUUUAACAUUUCUAAUACUUUUUGUCUUUGUAUUAAAUUCAGUAUACUAACAAAAGUAA